AUGUUUCUUUCAAAUCCUCCUCCACAUUUCCCAGCAUUCCUCUAUGCUUAUUUCAGUUUUCUUCGUUGUAUGAACGAGAUUAUGUUUUUUUCUUUCUUUCUUUCUCUUCAUCUUUUUUCUCUCUGCAUUUCUUUUCCUAUCUUUUCCUUAUUAUCGCUCUUUCUUUCUUUCUUUCUUUCUUUCUUUCUUUCUUUCUUUCUUUCUUUCUGUCUGUAUGGUCUUUCUUUCUUUCUAUUACAUGUUUCCCUCCUUAGCUUUCUUUCUUUCUUUCUUUCUUUCUUUUUUCUUUCUUUCUUUCUUUUCACUCUCUUCUUUUCUUUUCUUUAUCUUUCUUCCUUUCUUGCUCUCCAUUUCUUACUUUUUCAUUUUUAUCUUUCAUUCUUUUUUCUUUCUUUCCGUUCUCUUCACCUUUUUUCUCUCUGCAUUUCUUUUCCUAUCUUUUUCAUUAUUAUCGCUCUUUCUUUCUUUCUUUCUUUCUUUCUUUCUUUCUUUUCACUCUCUUCUUUUCUUUUCUCUAUCUCUCUUUCUUUCUUUCUUUCUUUUUUUCUUUCUUUCUUUCCGUUCUCAUUUUCUCUUUCUCUCUUUCUCUUUCCCAUUCUCUCCUCUCGUUCUUUCUUGCUUUCCUUUUCUUUCUUUUUCUUUUUAUCAUUCAUUCUUUCUUUCUUUAUUUGCCUGCAUCCUUACCUCUCUCUAUUUCUCCCGCAUAUCUUUUCUUCGUUUUUUGUCCUUUUCUUUCUUUCUUUCUUUCUUUCUUUCUUUCUUUCCUUCUUUCUUUCUUGCUUUCUUGCUUUCUUUUCUUCUUUCUUUCACUCAUUCUUUGUUUGUUUCGAAACAAAAACAAAUAUUACUUAA